AUUAUUUUCAAUAAUUUUCAAGAUAUAUAACUUCCGGUAGAUAGAUACGAUAUUCAGUUAAUUGCAAUAGCUCUAAUACUAUAGUGACAAAUAUUUAUUUUCUCUAAAAUUAUGAGAUUCUACCGAUUAUGCAAUAUGGGAAGAAUUAAAUAAAUAUAUUUCAUGCUAGAGAAUAGGGUAUAGUAUGGAAAUGCGGCAACAGUGCACUAGUGUGAAAUUAACAGUAUUUUAGUUCAAUGGUUGUUCCCGUGUUGAUAAGUUGGAUUUGAUGUUGUGCAAAAAUGUGGUGUUUAACAAAUUGGACUUCAGGCAGUAGGAUAAUUCACACGACAAAUCAUGACCGAUCCUCGUGCUGAAGAUGGCAAUUAUUUGGUGCGCGUGCGUGCGCAGGUGAUGUCAAGGGAUGACAGCUCGGGUGGAUGGGUACCGUUGGGUGGCGGAGGACUCAGCAACGUUUCCGUACGAAAGAGGCCGCGCCCGACGCCAUCUAGUGGCGGCGGAGGACAAUUGUCCAACGACGCCCAACCUACCAAACCCAAGCACGACUAUCUCAUUUAUGGAAAAAGGAUAAGCGAUAAUUCGAUCGUACUGAGUUGCACCAUAAAGAAGGAUUUCGAAUACAAUAAGGUGAUGCCAACUUUUCACCACUGGAAAACCGGCGACAAAAAAUACGGUUUGACAUUUCAAGCGGCUGCUGACGCACGCGCUUUCGACAAAGGAGUCAAGACUGCUAUCGAGGAUCUGCUGGACGGUUUUGCGGACACUUCCCCUACAUCACCUUUGCCCAAAUGUCCGAAAGAUGUAGGAGAUGACGACGUUUUUAUGACCUUGGAUCUUCCUCAGGGUCCAAAAGAUUCAAGAAGUUCUAGCGAUUCUAGCGCUAAAGGUACUGAACAUCUUCAUAAAAUAACUUAUAUAGGACGUGAUAGUAAACCAUUAGAUGCUCGGCUUCCUACUUACGAUCCCCAGAAGGCAACAAAAGAUGUUUCAGUGCAAGGUGGAGGCGAAAACUACCCCUACGUUCAACUGACGGCAGUACAUGAAUACAUUUACCCUGCCGAAGAUCAACAGAAACCUCCACUUAUGAGGCGAGAUUCGACUUCAAGUCUCAAAAAAUGUACCAUCAGCAUGGAGAUGAAUCCACCCCAACAACCGCCCCUACCUUUUAAGGCUGUUAAACAUAAGGGUAAAAUAAAAAUUAGGUGUCGCCACUGUCACGAAUUAUACGUUGAAGAUAGGAAUCCCCGUGGCGCAUGCGAAUACGCUCCCGACGUAGUAAAAUCGACCAUAAAUCAAAUAACUUGUUUGGGAUGUGCCGAAGGAAUCGAUUAUCAUUGCGCGUCAGACCAAGAAGGUGAUUUCGCGCAACAUCCCUGUGACUGUUCGGACGAAAAUUGCACGAAACGGUGGUUGUGUUUGACGUUUCUAUCGAUUUUCGUACCCUGUCUUUGGUUGUACCCCCCUUUGAAAAUGUGUCACUGGUGCGGAGUGAAGUGCGGCAUUUGUGGCGGCAGACACAGUAUGUGAUCUAUGAAUCAUAUUUUACGAUAUUAGAUCCCGAAUUUCCUGCUAUUUGUAACAUUUUUAUUUUAUAUAUACAUCGUAGUUUACACCAAAGCUUGAUCCUUUGACACAAUCCGGAAACUAGUAAACGUGUUCGAUGAUUUGAUUUCUGUUAUAUUUUUUUAUUGCUUAGCAAAAUACUAUGAUUUAGUGAUGGGUACAUUCCUGGAAAACCCAAAUUAAGACUUUUUAUGAGCAUCAAGUCAAAUUUCACAAAAAAUUGAUAUUUGAUUAAUUUUAUUUGAGGUUGAACUGCUGGAAAAUGUUGACUGAAAACACUUAUUGCUUCAUGAAAAAGUUGUGUAUGUCUUUAAAACAAGACAUAAACAAUGAAAAAUCAGUCAUCUUCUGAGUCAGAAGCAGCAAAAGACUCUGAAGAAGUUGAAUCCAUAUAUGAAAUGUGGAAUUCUCCUUCUGUUUCUAACCCAUUUUGAGUAGUAGAAGCAUCGGAAUGGGGUCUUGGUGUUGUUACACAACUUUUAUCUUAUCUUCAUUUGAUGUUACUUCUUCUUUCUUGUUUUAUAGAAGAUUCCAGUUAUGGUAAAGAAACGUUAUCUUAUAGGUCCUUCAUUUGUUAAAUGGUUUCUUCACUUAUUGCGAAUCCAUUUAUAGGUACUAAAAGAUCUUUAUAUCUCCGCGGAACUCAACUAUUGGAGACACAGAGACCGCAGAAAGCCCAAUCAAAUCUUUCAACUCAAAUACCAUCUUUUGCUAGAUAAGUUGUUAACUCGCUUGAAACUCUAAACACCAAUAUUCAUAUUUUCAGCUACUUUGUGGAUAAAUUUCAUCGCAACCACAUGUUCUUCCACAUUUAAAUGGAUGCCUUGAUUUAAAGGAUCUAAGAGUACGUAUUAUAAACUUUAACCAGGAGUCGAACGGAUGGUUGACUGUCGGUUGGUUCAACCGUAACAAAAUUCAGUUUGAAAUAUCAACCGAGGGUUGAAAGUUAGUUUCUAACCUCAAUUUUUGUUUACUUCAGCUUGCGUUUGAUGAACUUAACUUAUAUAUUAUGUUGAAUUAAUUGAACUAUUUGAACGAAAUGAUGAUUCAUCUAAUAUUCUGAUUACUCUUUUUCCUUUGUUAUUAAUCUUUUUGAAUUUAUUUAAUAUUGAAACUACACGUGGAAACUUCAAAACUAUACUUUGACCUUUGAGUGACACACUUCCCCUGGCAAAUGACAGUUCACUCGGAUUUAGUUGGUAAAAAUGAACUCUCAGUCCAGCCAACGCAAAUUUUUCAGCACAAAACUCCGGUUGGCCAACGAAUAGUUGCAAAAGGAUUUUAACCAUCGGUGGAGUUUCGACCGACGGUUAAACAAAACUUUUAUACUACCGACCCUAAAAGUGAUAUCAUGGAAAGGGGUGGGUGGAGGAAGUUAUUUUGUUAUAAGAAAGAUCCAUCUAAAUUUCAUAGUAGCAAUUAUGUCCUUAAUUUUUGUCGCAUGAAUCUAGAAACACCCUGUAUAUAUUAAUUUUUUUGUUAUUUAAACAAUUGAUUUUACUUUUAUUAUCCAGUGUAACUUUGAAAGUGUCUGUGAUUUAUUUCAGGAAAUUUGUGUACCUAAUAUCGUAAAAUGAAGUGCUUGAACAAUUUAGGGUUGUGAACACUUUGAAAGGGCGUUGAAGUGUGAAGUUUGUCCCAAGAAAAAUUAAAAGACUGUUUAUACGGAACGUUGAAAAAUAUAACAAGGUUGGUUUAAGGAAAAUUCUAAAUCCUGUCUCAAAACGGUGAUUAGAUAUUUCCGUUGUUGGUUAAUUGGUUCAACUUUCCGUACUUGUUGAUUUUUAAUAGAUAAUUCGCUAAAAUCUUUUGAAUCAAAUUAAUUUAUUUUAUUAAAAGAUUCUUAGAUCGAAUCGAAGAAUUUAAUGUUGUUCAUGUGUUCUAAAUGCUACGAAGAUGUAAAAAUUUGACUAUCAACCGAUUGUUUUUGUUUUAACAAAAUAUAAUGUAUAUAUUUAUGUAAACUUUAUUAAUGUAUAAUUGCGUUUUACAUCUUUAUGUACAAAAAAAAUUGUGAGGAUAAAAAUCGUAAUUUUACAUUUUAAGUACUGUUGAUUAAUAUACGGAGUAAAUUUACAAAUGUAAAAAAAGUCUGUACUGUAAAUAAAGAAAAAUUGUAAAUCUUAUACAGAUUCAAAUGGUAAAUAUGCUUAAGUAUUUGUGUAAAUUUACUUUGUACCAAAUACUAUACAUGGUGUUCCAGAACUUGAUUGGAAAAAUUUUGGAGUGAGUAGAUUACGUGAAAAGAAUGGUGUGACAUAAAAAAAUUUUCACAUACUAUCUCUUUUUUCUGAGUUAUAGUCGUUUAAAGUUGCGGAAUCAAAACUAUCUGAAGGCCAGGGGUGGCUAUCAAGGCUUUCACCUCCGAUUUUCAUGAAACUUCAUCGAUUUUAAUCAAAUUUUGAUUGUAGAGAAUAUAUCAAAAAGCAAAAUCUACCCUAUGCUGAUGUGUGCUUUUUCCUUUGGGGGUGAACAUUUUAAUGUGGAAAAUAACCGCGGAGAUCGAUAGUGGACCAAAUUUUAAGCAAAAAUUGUUGUUAGCAUUUUUUUCGAAAAAUCAACAGUUUCUUAGAUAUGUUUCUUUUUUCACGAAUAACUCGAAAACUUUUGAUUUUAUUAGAAGUGUAGGAAGCAAAAAUGAAGCUUAUAAAAAAAAAAACAAAUAUAUUGGUUCUUUUUAAUUGGUUGUAGGCCUAAUACAAACCGAGUUAGGAUUUAUUGAAGUUUGAAUAUAUUCGAACGAAAAUUUUUUAAAAAUCAACGUCGAAUAACGGAAACACGGUCAAUUUUUCUAAAAAAUUGCAUAGAAUCUUUUUCAAAGUUCUUUUUAAAAGCUUUGAAAUAAGUGUUAGUAGAACUCUCUAGCAUGAAAACUAAGAAAUUUAUGGCCGAAAUAAAAUCGAUUUAUAUUUAAACUCAAUUUCAUCUUAGCAAUAGUACCCAAAUUGCAAUAAAAAGAUAAUUCACUGUUGUUUUACUUUAUUUACGUACUAACAAUGAUUUCUGGGAAUUAUUUUAGAAAUUUAGUUACGGAUUGUUGACCAUUGAGCCUGAGCCGCCCUUGGCCUUCAGAUAGUAGUGUAGAAUUAUUUACUCCACCAAACACACUAAAUAGACAUACGUAAUCAUCCAUUAAAAAUUCAUAAUGUUCGAAUGUAUUAUUUAGAAAAUAUACUUAAAUAUAAUUUUUUUUAUGUCACAUCAUUAUUCUUACGUCAUCAACUGACUGCCGAAUUUUUCCCAUCAUAUCCCGGAACACCUUGUAUAUAAAAAAAUAAUCUAGUGAUGGUUUUACAUCAUUGUAUUAAAAGCUUUACUUUAUUUAUGCAUUGUUAAAUUAAUAUGCCAAUCUAUGUACUGUAUCUUUCAAAACGAGGUAUUUUUUCCGUUUGAAAACAAUAAAAAAAUUAAAAAAUAUCGGUAUUAAUGUAACAUCAAAACUAAAAUAGUAGUCACACGAUAAACGGAUUUACUAAGUUGAAGUUUCUAGAACCGUUGGUGAUAUUUAUACUGAACACACUGUUUUAAACGCUUUCUAAGAUAUCCUCAGAAACAGCUCAGAUUUUCACGAUUAUUUUAUCUAAUUGUAUACUAUACAUGACAAGAAAUUGUUUAUUUUUAUUGUUUUUGUUGGGAUUAUGGAUAAGGUAACAGUGUAUUUAUGAAAAAAAUCUAAACACGUAAUGUUAAUGAUCGGAGAGGACUAAACUACCUACUUAAUUUAUUAUCAAUUCUAUACAUAAACUCAUAUCUGGUUUUAUGACCUGUAGCUCGAAAACCUUUUUUUCUUUAUUUUAGGAAAUAUCAAAAUAUAUUCCUCAACAAGGUUAAAAUGUGUUUAACAGAUGUUUUAAGAAAACUUCACUUCCAAAAUCAUAUUAAAAUCAAUAUUAUAGAAGUACAAUAUCUUAAAAGGGUUUUUGCAUUCAUUAUUCCCACAGUUAAAUUGCACUGUUAACAUAAUCCAACAACACAAUACGUACGCGUACUCCAUGACAACGGCGUCUUUUAUUACUAGAGAUAUUGGUUCGCAAAUGGUCAAAUCAAUCUUAUAGCAGAUUGGCCUAUUAAGUGUUAAACUGGAUUUGGCAGCUGCCUGUCUUUCGGUUCCUUUUGAAGCAACACCGAAUGCAGCUAGGUCAUUUUAUGAAACUUCUCGUCGAAACUACAAUUGAGUGAUCGGUGUUAAAUGUUUGCACUGUUUUGAAAUGUACCAAGCGUUUACUAGUGCAACAUCAAGGAACCAACACCACAUAUAUGCUGAUCCAUCAAAUCAGUUCCAUCGAUUGUAUUCAGAAAUCAGUCUAGAUGGUAGUUCUUGAACGGUUUUUUUCUCAGUGUGAGAAUAAUGUUUCCCCUGAACAGUCGGUUUUGUUCCAUGACAUGUGGACGCCACGGUAACCACUUUUUGCCACAAUAACUCCAUCAUCCUCCUUGGUUUUGGCAAUCUGGUUCUUCUGUGUGCAGCUCUUAGAAAUUCCCUUUUGUCUCAUCGUUUCCGUCGUAGCCCUUUUGUUUUAGGUUAGCUUCUUCAUGUGAUGCGGAAGCUCAUCAAUGGAGCAGGACACUUCCAAAAUUAUUCUCAUAGAUCGUGUUUGCUUUUCGAUCCUUUCCAAGUAACUUGAGAUGUUUUUUGUCUGUUAUUCUCCAGGUCUCUUCACCAUCUUGGAUUCCUACAAAAAAUUUUCUUUCCCACACUGUAGAGCACUAUUGGAUGAAUGAAAUAUUUGAUAUUUUCGAAUUUAAUUUUGCUUUUAAGACUCCCACUCUCUUGCUUCCUUUUCUCUUUUCCACCUCUUACAUAGUAUUUUUAUUUGUAAUUGGUACCCUCAGAUAUUCUAAACAAUAUUUUUUUCCAGUGUUCACUUUUAUAGAUGAAUUGCUUGUUCGUGAAAGGAACAAUCGGGAGAUAAUUUCCCAGGACAUACUGAAUCGUAAAUUCAUUUUUAUACUAACAAUUAUCGAUCAAAUUAAAAAAAUAUGGAGUUUGUGUGGUACAAAAAAGUUAAAAUUUCGUUCUCGAGUAUUUUCUGUUUUCUUACAACUCCGCCGGCACUUAUACUCAAACUUACUGGUCCUUCGAGCCGGAUAUAAACCUAUUGACGGCUCGAAGGACCAGAUAUUAUAAUUGUGUAUUGGUGUAGUGGUAAUAAACAGUGAGUUCAGUACUGAUUGUGAUUAACUUGAUAAACAGACAAUUAUUUUUUGUACGAAGUAGUUAAGUACUUGUAUUUUUAGACUAUUAGCCUCGUAUUUAACCAAUGAUUGACUACUAUGAACUGCCAACAAACAACAGAUAAAAUUUAAAAAAAGAUUAAAUGUAAAUAUAAUGAUGGUACAUAGUAAUGACAAUACAAAUGGAAUAAAAAAAAUAAUAAAACCAGUGUUUUAUAAUAGAGUAUGGUUAGGCACAAAUUUGCCAUUCAAUGGUGUCAAAUUGGGAUUUUCUGCGUUAUUAUUUCGAUUUUGGAAAUUGUUUGUAAAAGUUUUUUUGGAACUGAAUAUUUUUAUUAUUUUGAAACGUGGAUAAUAGGGAAGGUUAGUACAAAUUUUUAGUUUAUAAAGGUAUUUGUAUUAUCAAUCAGUAAUACAGUAGAAUCUGGAUAUUACGACCUUCACAGAACCUACGAUAGUACGUCAUAGUAACCGGAUGAUAUAAAAACUGACAGGAUUAUUUCUAAAGUACUGUAUUUUUUGUUCUUAUUCGUUUAAACAGUUUCUGAACGGGCGAGUGGAUUCAUACUUUAUUUUUCAUUUAUUUAUACACUAAUACUAAAUA